CUCCUCUUUUUCCUCCCCCCCCCGUCGAUCGAUCUGACUUGAAAAAGCGAGGGAAAAGAGCGAUCGCAGAAGGACUCGAGGAAUCUUUUCCCUUGAACCUUCCCUCCCGGCUGCUCCAUAAUUCUUUCCCUCCCUCGUUUCCCUUUGUCUUCCUCCUGCUCCUCUUUUUCCCUCCUUCUCUUCUGGUUUAAAAAACCCGGUGGAGAGAGAGAGAGACAAGACAAAAAGACCAAGAUUUUUCAAUCUUCGACGCCACCGAUAAAAAAGCGUAAAAUUGUCAAAUGACAUUCUUACAAAGCAUGGGAAUUUUGUUAUGACACCGAUUGUUUCAUCAAAUUCAACCACUACUUCUCAUCGAUAUUCCCAUUGUUCGUCGUCACUACCUCUCCCACCACAACUGCUACUCUUUUUCACGACCACUCCUCUCCCACCUCUUCCAGGACCCAGCAGUUCGACUCGCCCCCCAACGCAACAACGGCGUCCUCUCCGGACCCCAGAUCUCGGAUUCUCUUCCUCUCCCGUUCUCGGCCGCGGCCAUCUUCUUCUUCCCGGACCCAGGCUUUGGUCGCCUCCCUGUGGCCGACACCGACGGACGUCCCAGAAGUUAUUGCCUAUUUGGUCCAAAACAACCACAUCUCCUCUACCAUCCCUGACAUCGGACCUCUCCAUCCUCCCCACUGCACCAAGGUCCAACCGCUCAUUGUUGGAUCCAUCCGUAUCCGCAUUCGCCCGCCUUGUAACUGGUAACGAAAAAGUCCCGUGCGGCGUCCCGUCGUGGUGGCUGUCUCUUUCUCUAGUUCGUUCCCCGUCGUUGGUUUCCACCACAUUCGUGCUGCCAAGCAUCGCUUCGACAACCCCAGGACAUUACUCCGUACGGCAUAGUUCGCUAUAAACGAGUGAUACCUACCUAGACUCCUCCCUCCCCCCCCCGGGCGACACAUCUCUGGAUCUUUUUGGGAAAUAACAUCAUCAACACCUGUUAACAUUUUAUUCUCUUCCGCAAUCAUUCCCUCGCCAUCGCUUGCCCUUCCGUCCUUCGACACACACACACACGCCACCUCUUCAACUCUCUUGGCCGUUUUGCGACAAAAAGAGGUAAAAAGUACCACAAGCGACAAGGAUCUGGACCCUCUCCGUCUCUCUCUCUCUCUCUUUCUCUCUCCGCGUUCUCACCCAACCCUUCCCAGAGCGACAAGGGUUUAUUCGGAACCAUAACCUAAGCGGCUGUAACGACAACGAAAACGGGACUCGACUCGCCAUUCCACGUUUGCCUUGUGCUCCUCAUCGCAUAAAGUAGACUGACCUCUCCUCGUCAGCGUUAUCCCUGUUGGGAGGUCCAGUUUGUUUCUUUCCAAAGGGCCUCGCCACACGCCACAAAGCGACAAAGCCAGCGAGACUGAGACAUCCUUUCCUGCACGUCGCCGCGAACUACCAUAAGCAGUAAAAACAGUUGAGAAAGGACCGACCUCAAAGAACAGGACCAGGACCAGGACCAGGGACUGCCUUCCCACCUCGCUGCUGCCCUCGUAUCGCGACGCAACACCCCUGCUCGCAUCAAAAAAGCCACACCGAUUGACGGACAACGACACAAUUAAACUGUAAAGAAGCAUACAUGGGUCGCGGACCUCGUCGCUCGAUGGAUUCAGGAACCUAAAGCAGCAAUCUUUGUCUAAAUUGUCUCUACCUUUCCCCCCACCAGGACAACACACACACACCUACGUUUAACGUCCCGAAACCACCAUACGCGCCACACUAUUCACCCUCCCUUUGGAAGAGGUUUUGUGUACGUGAAUAUAUUGCCUGUGCAACGAACCGUCGCACCAUCCCGGCCUCAAGCGACCAAGGCUUCAUUUCCCAUCCAUAAGCAACACCAGAACCCACGCCGGCAAGCUCAUGUAAAAACCCCCGACUAUAUCAACGCCUUGCUAGUAUCAUCCGUUACAAACUCAAUCCAUCAACUUUGGCAACGAAAGUGAAAAACAGAAAACAAAAGAAAAGCCAUUCCUCAUUUCACACAUCAUCAAAGACAUACCCUUUUCCGCACUGCUGUCGACCUUCAACCCAGAUACUUCAAAUCAAACCAUAGCAGCAAAAGGACGAGAUCUGUCUCGCGCAAGCUGGAACACCCUCGAAUCACCAACCCAACCAGAAAGAAACACCAGAUAAUAAACAUAAUCAGAACAUAACAUCAUGACGGCAUCAACAUCUUCGACCGAGCCAUCGGCCAUCAGCAAUCGGCUCAAGACCCAGGGUAUAGCCAACGGCCCAAAUCCAAAGGGCAUGGUGACCCCACCAGCAUCCAUGUCCAAGAUGUCUCGAAGCGCCGAGUUGGACGAGUACACCGCCAGCAUGCGUAAUUACCUAGCUGGUGUUGAAAAUGGCCGAGGUCAGUCCACGAGGGACCGCCGCGCCGAGUCCAUCUCCAGCAACAGCAAUGCCGACAGCAGUGGCAGCGAGAGGGAGAAAUCCCCCGAGUUUCAGUGGAUGGACCUGGCGGCUGUGCGAAGGGCCCACGGAACCGUGGAUCUGAACAGGCUUCCUAACAGCAACGGUGUGUCGAAGAGUGUGAGAACGAAGCAAGUAAACCGGCCUCGUUCUCCCACUAUUGGAAUUCCAAAGGACAGUCGGCAUUACCUUCACCAGCAUCGGCAACGGGAGACUCGAUCCAUCAGUCCCGGGAUCGAGGGAGUAAAGAAGAAGCAUAUCUCACACGCACGUCGGAGUCAACUGCAUUUACAAAGGUUGGGAGUCUCGUCAUCCCAGAAAGACUGCACAUAAGUGUUGCUGGUUAGCCAUCUCUUUUUUUUCCUUUUUGUAAAAACGAAACAAGAUUGUCAUGUGCAUGCCGCAUUACCAGGAUAGGAUCGAGGGAGGGACAGGAAUGGCAUGGGUCGUCGAAAUGAAGCGAUUGGACGCAGGCAGCGCCACAUGAAAACUUGCAUGAAUAAUGAACAGUAAUGAUAACAAUGACAUGAAGUCGAAAA